UUUUUUCUUCCUUCUGUGGGUAAGUGGGGAGAGAGAGAGAGAGAGGAGAGAGAUAUCAUUUUAGUGGUUGAAGCUUUCAGGAGGUAUAAUCCAAGAGUAGCCUUUUUUUCUUCUUCUGGGAAACUGGAGAGAGAGAGAGAGAGGGAGCGAGGAGAGAGAAACAUCGUUUUAGUGGUUGAAGCUUUCAGGAAGUCUGGGAAACUGGAGAGAGAGAGGGAGGAGAGAGAAAUAUCAUUUUAGUGGUUGAAGCUUUCAGGAGGUAGAAUCCACGAGUAGCCUUUUUUUCUUCUUCUGGGAAACUGGAGAGAGAGAGAGAGAGAGAGAGAGAGAGAGAGAGAGAGAAGAGAGUGAGAGAGAGAGGGAGGAGAGAGAAAUAUCAUUUUAGUGGUUGAAGCUUAGAGGAGGUAGAAAGGAGGAAGAAGAAGAAGAAGAAGAAGAAGAAGAAGAAGAAGAAGAAGAAGAAGAAGAUGGGGAAUUGUUGCGGUUCUCCAGUUGAAAACCCAACACCAGUAACUACCGGUGAUCUCAGUAUAGUGGUCAGCAACUUAUCUCAGACAACCAGUAAGAAUAUCAGCAACUUAUCUCAGACAACCAGUAAUAACAUCAGCAACUUAUCUCGGACAACCAGUAAUAACACAUCUUCAGGGGAGUGUACUGUAUCCCGGAAUAGCCAGUUCUCCGCUGCAAGCGGCGAGGAGGCCAGUGCACAUGGGCAGAUCUUACCCACCCCAAACUUGAGGAUCUUCAGUUAUUUGGAGUUGAAAGUUGCAACCAGAAACUUCAGACCAGAUACAGUGCUUGGUGAAGGAGGUUUUGGGAUGGUCUUCAAAGGCUGGCUCGAGGACAAGGCGCCGGCCAAGUCAGGAAAAUCAACAGUUAUCGCGGUGAAAAAAUUGAGUUCUGAGAGCUUGCAAGGAUUUGAGGAAUGGCAGUCAGAGGUGAAUUUCUUAGGGCGACUAUCUCAUCCUAAUCUUGUAAAGCUACUUGGAUACUGUUGGGAGGAUAAGGAGCUGCUUCUUGUUUAUGAGUUCAUGUCAAAGGGUAGCUUGGAAAACCAUCUAUUUGGAAGGGGAUCGGCUGUUCAGCCACUUCCAUGGGAUACACGGAUUAAAGUUGCAAUAGGAGCUGCUCGAGGCCUGGAAUUCUUGCAUACAUCAGAGAAGCAAGUUAUCUAUAGAGAUUUCAAAGCUUCAAAUAUACUUCUUGACGGGUCAUACACUGCCAAGAUAUCUGACUUUGGCUUGGCGAAAAUGGGUCCUUCAGCAAGUCAAUCGCACGUGACAACACGGGUUAUGGGUACAUAUGGUUAUGCUGCUCCUGAGUAUGUUGCCACAGGUCAUCUGUAUGUGAAAAGCGACGUGUAUGGUUUUGGUGUUGUUUUGAUCGAGAUAUUGACCGGCUUGAGGGCCCUUGAUACACAUCGUCCAAGUGGAAAACAGAACUUAGUAGACUGGAUAAAACCAUUUCUUUCAGACAAAAGAAAACUGAAAAGCAUUAUGGAUCCCCAGCUGCAGGGAAGAUAUCCUUCCAAAGCUGCCUUUCGAAUUUCUCUUCUUUCUCUAAAAUGCAUCGAAUCUGAACACAGAAACCGGCCAUCAAUGAAAGAUGUCGUGGAGACAUUGGAACGGAUAGAAUCGGCUAAUGAACUUACAAGGGAACCAAGGCCUCGUUCUACUCAUCCUAUGACUCAUCGACAAGGCCAGAAGCCGUUGCAUCAUCGCUCUCCACUUCACCCCAGGCAAGACGGAUCUCAAAGCUACCAACAGUCACACCAGGUUCGACUGAAGUAACUCUAGCACGACUGCUGUCAGGAAAUAUUGUGUCAAAAAGUUUCGAUUUGUUCAUUUAUGUAUCUCCUGGGAGGUUAGAUUAAGCUUAUUGUUGUGUUAAACUGGGUGUGUUCUGUUAGCAGUGACACUGUAAUUAUUGUUUAGCUUCGGUGAUUAAGCUUCAAAACUUGUAAGCAGAGUAAUUAGUUGUCAUUUUCUGGAAGGGAAAUUUACCCUUCCAUUUUGUUGUCAAGUUUAAAGGUUCAAGGACAAAAUAUAUUACUGUCAGUUUACCUUUUGUAGUUUAAAUUUGAAAUGUUGGUAUUACAGCAACAUCAGUACAAAUCAUGUAAAAUAUAGAGACGUUACAUUAAUUUAACAAUAGUGAUGUUUACACUA